GGGAUAUAUGCUGUAAGAAUGAACGAAAGCGAAAAUUAAAUUGAGCAUUUUUCUUUUAAUUUGGAUUGUUAGAAUGGUCCCUUUCCUCCACUCCAAUCUACAAUAUAUUGAUGGCAGAGCAAAGGGCUGUUAUGGCAGAGUGCAGUGGUGAAAUUAGACGUUGAGUUGUAUGUGCACACAUUUUUAUCCUGUUACUCUAUCAUGAUGCUAGCUAGCAGAGCAGCCCAAAAUUUCUUUGCUGGCUAUUUCUUCAACCUUGGUCUUCUGAUGCAAUAUCCUUUGAAAUUAUAAUGGGUUUUAAGUGGGAGCAUGAAGAAAACUGGCCUUGUAACAGAAUUUGUAUGUGAGAAGUGGUACAGAUUACUAUAAAUAACCAUGACAACUUCUCAUAUGAAUGGACAUGUUACAGAAGAUUCUGACAAUGAAACAAAAAAUAUGGGGCCUGCAUCUCCUGAGGAACCUCAGAAGCACAGAGAGAUGGCUGUUGAUUGCCCUGGGGAUUUGGGGUCAAGGAUGAUGCCAGUACGACGAAGUGCUCAACUUGAGCGGAUUCGCCAGCAACAGGAGGACAUGAGGCGCAGGCGAGAAGAAGAAGGAAAGAAACAAGAACUAGACCUUACUGCUUCAAUGAGGCUUAAGAAACUAGCGCAGAUUCCUCCCAAAACUGGAAUAGAUAAUCCUAUGUUUGACACAGAAGAAGGAGUCAUUCUGGAGAGUCCUCAUUAUGCUGUAAAAAUAUUAGAAGUGGAAGAGCUGUUAGCUUCUCUUAAGCAUAUCCAACACACUUUGGUAGACCCCCAGAGCCAAGAGGAUAUCUCUCUCAUUUUACAGCUUGUCCAAAAUACUGAUUUUCAGAAUGCAUUUAAGAUACACAAUGCUGUCACAGUGCACAUGAACAAAGCCAGCCCUCCGUAUCCUCUUAUCUCCAAUGCGCAAGAGCUAGCACAAGAGGUACAAUGUGUUUUGAAACCCAGUCACCAGAAAGAUGGGCAGGAGCUUAGUGCUUUGCUGAAUGCCCCUCACAUUCAGGCACUUUUAUUAGCUCAUGAUAAGGUUGCAGAGCAAGAAAUGCAGCCAGAGCCAGUGACAAAUGAAAAGGUUUAUGAGAACUUUGGCCUGUAUGGAGGGGAGACAGUGAAAAUAGUUCGCAUUGAGAAGGCUCCAGAUAUUCCAUUGGGUGCUACAGUUCGUAAUGAAAUGGAUUCUGUCAUCAUUAGUCGAAUAGUGAAAGGGGGUGCUGCAGAGAAGAGUGGGUUAUUACAUGAAGGGGAUGAAGUUCUGGAAAUUAAUGGCAUUGAGAUUCGUGGUAAAGAUGUUAAUGAAGUUUUUGACUUGCUGGCUGACAUGCAUGGCACUCUGACAUUUGUGCUGAUACCCAGUCAACAGAGCAAGCCGCCUCCUGCCAAGGAGACAGUUAUACACGUGAAAGCACAUUUUGACUAUGAUCCUUCUGAUGAUCCUUACGUACCUUGCCGAGAGUUAGGUCUGUCUUUUCAAAAGGGAGAUAUACUUCAUGUGAUCAGCCAAGAAGAUCCAAACUGGUGGCAGGCCUACCGAGAUGGAGAUGAAGACAAUCAGCCUUUGGCAGGCCUUAUCCCAGGAAAGAGCUUUCAACAGCAAAGAGAAGCAAUGAAGCAAACCAUUGAAGAAGACAAGGAGCCAGAGAAAUCAGGAAAACUCUGGUGUGCAAAGAAAAAUAAAAAGAAACGGAAAAAAGUUUUGUACAAUGCCAAUAAAAACGAUGAUUAUGACAAUGAAGAAAUUUUAACCUAUGAGGAAAUGUCACUGUAUCACCAGCCAGCAAAUAGGAAAAGGCCCAUUGUCCUGAUUGGCCCACAGAACUGCGGCCAGAAUGAACUGCGUCAGAGACUAAUGAAUAAUGAAGUAGAUCGCUUUGCAGCUGCAGUUCCUCAUACCACUCGGAGUAGGCGAGAGAAUGAAGUGGCUGGCAGAGAUUACCAUUUCAUCUCACGGCAGGCAUUUGAGACUGACAUAGCUGCAGGGAAAUUUAUUGAGCAUGGCGAGUUUGAGAAGAAUCUGUAUGGUACCAGCAUAGACUCUGUGCGGCAAGUAAUCAACUCUGGGAAGAUAUGCCUUUUAAAUCUCCAUACACAGUCAUUGAAGACCCUACGCAAUUCAGACUUGAAACCAUAUAUUAUCUUCAUUGCACCACCUUCGCAAGAGCGGCUACGUGCUUUAUUGGCCAAAGAGGGUAAAAAUCCAAAGCCAGAAGAACUAAGAGAAAUCAUAGAGAAGACCAGAGAGAUGGAACAGAACAAUGGCCACUACUUUGACACAGCGAUUGUGAAUUCUGAUCUUGAUAAGGCAUAUCAGGAGCUACUUCGUUUAAUAAACAAACUUGACACAGAACCUCAGUGGGUGCCAUCCACCUGGUUACGGUGAAAAAAACUAGUUCUAAGGGACAAGCAGACUUCUAUCCAGCAGUCUGUCAAAGGGAGAUUGCACAUGAAUCAAUACAACUUAAAUAGUAGGUGGCAGUGUGAGUGCUAGACCUCUGUGGGUGCACCCCUUGAUAGUUGGUGUAUUAGUGAAGAAAAUCCAGUAGGCAGUUCAUGAACAGAAUGAUGUACUGAUUAUUUGUCUGGGUUUUCUUCUCAUCUUUGGACUAGAAAUGGAAGCUCUGAACAAGCCAGUACAAUUUUUAACAAUUUAACUAGCCUUUCUAGCAGCUGCUUUACCUUUUCUAUCUACAAUCACCUUUCUUUAAAAACUAAAGAUUUUAAAUGUAUGUAUAUAUACAGUCCAUGUUGUCAUAUAGUUAUAAAUAUUAUUUAACACUGUUAACUUAAUGACUUUGUGGCCCAUGAUAGUAGUUUGUGAAUAUACCUUUUACAAAAACACUGGGCAGAGAAAUAAUCUGCAUGAGACACUAAGGUUUAUGAGAAAUUCUCCCCUUUUAAAAAUACACAGAAUAAGGUGCCACUUUGGUCUGAAGCUGCCUGGUUAGGCUUGAAUUUAUUUUUUUAAUUAUUUACAUUCCACUUUCUGAGAGCACUGUAAUUUGGAAAAUGUGUAUAAUGUAAAUAUUUCAACCCUUUGUGUCUUUUUAGUCAGACUUUGUAAAUCAAAUUUGACUGCACAUUAACCUUAGGUCCAAUGAAAAAAGAAUAUAUACUGAUCUUUAGAUAUGAUAUUUUUAUGGAAUUUUGUUUUUCUUUAAAGCUUAUCAGUUGAUUUGGGAGCCAUUGCUCCCCACAGAUUUGUAGAGAUGUUUAGAAGGCAGAGGUUAUAUUUUUAUUAAAAAAAGACAUUCUUAUAAAAUGUGCGGUUUUAAAAAAAUUCUUCCUGAUAAUGUAAACAGUUCUUAUGUUUAUAACAUAAAGGAUACUGAAUGGGCAGUUGUGGUUAGUGUCUUUUUAUUUUUGGCCCUGGUAUGUCUUGUGGGUAAUGGUCCUACAUGUAACUAACUGGAAUUAAAACUGCUGAAUGUAGCUACUGUAAGUAAACCAGUAACCUUACCAAAAGAACUUGAGAAAUGGAAACACGUGUAUUGCUAGGUCUAUAUCCUAGCAUGUUCCAAGUUCAGCAUCUGUCACAUCUGCAGCAGGGCUAUUCCAAGUAUUAAAAUGAAAUAAUGUUACCUUUAGCUUUUAUUUGUUUUGGGGAAAGCAUGAACAGUCUUGAAUGUGAAUGUUGAUUCUCUUCUUGUUUAGCCACAGUGUUUCCUUGUUCCCACAGUUAAACACUGGAGUUAUGUCAAUGUGUAGCUGAAUUCAAUGUAACAGUGAGGAAUGAAAUUAGUUUUUCAGUCUUGUUUUGUGUAUAUAUUUUCUUCAAAGAACAAAUCUAGGCAAAACUCUUUUGCCUUCUGUGUGGCCAUAGCUGAAUGAAGUGCUCUAGGCUACAUAGAGAAUGAGUAUAAACGGUUGUUUUAAGUCACUUUUAGUACACUAUCAUUCCUGUAGAGCAGGGUGAAAUAUAGUACAAUCUCUGUCUGCAGUUAACCUAGAAGACCCCCAGCAAGUUGGUUGCCUAUGGAGAGAAGUUAUAUGCUGUUCAGUUGGGUUUUAGAACCACAGUACAUCUUAUCUUAAUGAAUGGACCUUAUGAUUCUUCUCUGUCACAGCAUGUUCACCAACAUACCUCCAGCAAGGCAGGUGUUGGAAGACUGAAAUGAACUCCAUAUCAUAUUUGGGCCAACAGCUAGCAUGUUACUAAAUUAGCUCUGAGUCAAGUAUUCAAAGUAGUGGCUCCGUGCCUCACACUGCAGGUGUAUUAACUCUGGAGUUUUGUAGCUGUCUCACACCAGACUAGGGGGCUACACCGUUAUCUAGCAAUUCUGCCCUUCCAAGUUUAGCUUUUUUUUCCUUUUUACAACCUAAGAGAUGUAAUCUACAGUCAGUUGAGAGAGUGAAAACUUGUUAAAGUGCAAUCUUUAGAAAGGCAUCUUUAAAGGUGUCACAGGUGAAUUAUCAAAAUUUCACUAUUACUGAACCCUGACACAUUCAGUGUUACAUUGUGGUGUUAAAUAAUGCUGUGAAUGCUGGUAAAUCUCACCCCCUUUUUCUUUCCUACCCUUCCCCUGAAUUUCCUCAAAGACUUUGAGCAGGCUUUGGAAUGCAGUAGGUUGUGAGAUGUUUAGUUGUACCCUCUUUGUUUUUGAAGUAUGCAAGGAGUGUUGUGGUAUUUCAGAGAGAUCCAUUUAUGGAAAUGAAAUGAUCAAGACCAUAGGAGUCAUUGUUGGCUUUGUAACCAAUUAUGUGGGCAUGCUGGAGCAGCACUGAGGAACAGACCUGGCUCACUGAACUGACGUAUCUAGCACCAGUUUUAGAGUUUGACCCUGAAUUGCCUGAACAUGAAGUAAGCAGGAAAGCAUUUUCUACCAUUUUGUCAUGAAGGAAGUGUCCUUUCAGUCCCCUCAGGGGGUAAAAGAAUAAAACAGACUUGAUUACUGGAAGAAAACACUGGGCAUUGUCAGCUGUUUAAUAGCCAGCUGAAAGGUAUCUUUUUUACCAAUCCAGAUU